GAACAAACAUGGCGGAGGCUUCCUAUGGAAGUUCGAGUCCAGGCAAAGAAACUCUUAAGCUUUUUAUUAAAUUUCUUGGCCCUGGCAUUUAAUCAGUAUAUGUGCUGAUUGCCUCUGGCAAAUGUGAAACAUUUAAGAUAUUGUUCAACGUAUGAGGGAGGAACAAGAGGAAAUUCUAAUUAAAUUCACAAGAAGUUGAGUUGGCUCAUUGUCUUCUGAGGAUCAUGAUUUCGACCCUACAGCAGAAAUGCUAGUGCAUGAGUAUGAUGAUGAGCGAACACUUGAAGAGGAGGAAAUGUUAGAGGGAGGGAAGAAUUUCACAUCUGAAAUUGAAGAUUUGGAGAGGGAGAGCAACAUGCCACUUGAUGAUUUGCUGGCGCUUUAUGGGUGUGAACCUCCAGUGAUAGAAAAUGAAAAUCCAGGGAGUUCGCCAAGUGAGCUCGCUGAUGAGUUACCUGACAUGACUCUUGAUAAGGAGGAAAUAGCAAAGGACCUACUUUCAGGUGACGAUGAAGAAACACAGUCUUCCGCUGAUGACUUGACCCCAUCUGUUACUUCUCAUGAAACAACAGAUUUAUUUCCCCGACACUUGAGAUCAAGCACCACCUAUGAUGGUGAUAAAGAAUCUGAAGAUGAAGAAGGACAAGAUGAUUGUGUACCACCUGAAGACUUAAAAAAGGAAAUAAUGGUGGGUUCGGCAUAUCAAGCUGAAAUUCCAUCCAGCUUGUGCAGAUAUGAAGAUGGUGAUCGAGUCUAUGAAAAUGAGGACCAAUUACUUUGGACUCCCUAUUUGCUUCCUGAAAGUACGGUAAAGGAGUUCUUGCAUGAAGCAGCUAAAAGAUCUGCAGAUGAGAAAGGCAUUGGUGGUAUUCCUGAAGGGACACAUGUAAGGGACAAUGAACAGGCUUUGUAUGAACUUCUAAAAUGUAACCAUGUUGUUAAGGAGGCACUCGGAAGUUACCACUCAAAUAUAAAGGCUACACGAGAUGAACGAUCUGCUUGGACGGAAGAGGAGUGCAGAAACUUUGAACUUGCUCUUCGACUCUAUGGUAAAGAUUUUCACCUAAUACAGGCAAAUAAGGUCAAGAGUCGAACAGUGGGAGAAUGUGUGGCUUUCUACUAUAUGUGGAAGAAAUCGGAAAGAUAUGAUUACUUUGCACAGCAAACCAGGUUUGGGAAGAAGAGAUACAAUCUGCAUCCUGGAGUUACGGAUUACAUGGAUCGCUUGGUAGAUGAGGCUGAAAUGGGAAUGUUAAAUCGGUCAGUACAUUCUCCGUCUAUCUGUUCUUCAGUCAGCAGAACAGAAACAAUUUCCGAUCACAAUCUGAUGAGCUCUGGACAUGAGUUUGUUGCACUGACCAGUGUUGGUACAACAUGCAAUGUGACAGAUGUAAACUGUUUGGAUUCCUAUAAUUUUCCUCCGUUGGACAGUUUACACUCAAAGGGACCAACUACGCAUGUGCCUGUUUUAAUAGAAGAGUCACUUGGUUUGCCUGCGAAUGGUGACACAGACUGUCUAAAUUUAUUUGAGACUGGAUUCUACCAUUCUGAUUUAAACCAGAUAAGCAUGUGCAACGAUGAAUCUGAAAGACCUGCAAAAAGAUUGAAAAUGGGGAUCGCUGUCCAAGAAUCUUUUAUCAAUGACGUUUCUGUAAAUAACCUGAGUGUGGAUUUCGAGAAUCGUACACAUCACAUCACUAGUGCCAAAAUGUCUGUUUCCGUUGCAGAUUUUAGCAGCUUGUCUGGUAGUGAAGCAAAUGGCUUCAUCAAUCCCCAUGCACUACACCAGCACACAGCUCUACAAUCAGAGUGACUUCUGCAUUGAAACUUCUUCUGGAAUGGUGGUAUGCAGUAACAGUGAACUUGGUGGGUGAGCCAUCAAGUUUGUUCAGUCAUUCACUGGAAGUUUGAAUUUUUUUACUAUGACAUCAGUGAUGUCUUUUUACUUAUAGAACCUAAUCUUGAUUUCUCAAGAGUUAAAUAGCCAUUUAUUUUCAGUCCCUAAUAACAUAGAAAUUCAGAGAUUAUGUUCACAUAGCAGAGUUGGGGACUUAAAAUUGAAUUUUAUGAUGCAGUCUUGAAGUCUCAAGCCAUUGCAUCUCCUUUGUAGCCAGUAGACAAAGGAAGCAUUUCACCUCUUGACACCAACAUUGGGAAUCUGAAACAAUAGAAAUGGCUUCCAUGAGUCCAUGCUACUGUGACAGUAGUGGGUACAGAGGAAUACUAAUGUUUACAGGUACCUAGCCUUGUCCCUGGCUAAUGUAGCAUUUUAGAAGUGAACUGCGCCUAUCAGUGCAAGGACCUGCAUGAAUAGAGCGUUCUCUCAUCCAUUGACUUAGAGCAGAGCACUUCAGUUUACAGUGCCGUGAGUGUAUCCUUGGACGAAGAUUGCUGGAUGAAGUACAAGUGGGAGGAAGCCUACAGACAUGCAUUUGUCUAGCAAGAGUUGGGCAUGGCUGCCAUCUGUAAACGGGUUGCAACUACUGCCAGAUUUCUGAGUGCUUAAAAACUCUUGAAGUUUUUAUUGAUUAGAUUAAAUAUUGAAUUUUGUGAUAAUUGUAUAUGGAUGUUUAUUUUUUUUAAAGACUUUAAAGAUUGUACCAUAGUGUAUCUGAAACUACGCAGUGCAUUGUAUAUCUUAUGAGAUUUCCUGGGGCAGCUGAAACCGUUUUCACACAGCUUGGGACUUGCCACUUUUCAACAUGAUUCUAAUUUGACAGUCUCGCCAAAUUUCUUGCAGCAGUUCAUUGUGUUUUGUACAAAAUAAUGUGUCCAUAGCUAUAUAAUACAGCAAAACCUUGAUUAAUCAGAUUGAGCUUAACUCCUUCCCAGUGCAUUCCAGUGUUUUUAAAGUCUGUUGUAAAUGUGACUCUGAAGAUAAAGGUUUUGAAAUAAAACACUUGUUAGACUGAAGCAAGAAGCAACUGUUCAAUAUUAGAUUAUAGUAGUUAUUACUGAUCAGAGAUACUUAGUAUCCAUUUUUGCAAAUCUGAAGUAGGUGCUUUUGCAUAUAAAAUUGCUGCUGAAAAUUGUCAGCUGCUGAUUAAGGCACCUUGGGAAGUCUUAUUUAGAAGUAGGAAAAGCUUAGCAUCCUAAAAUAUAUAAGUAUAUUUUGCAUAUUUACAGUACAUGCAGUCAUGUUUCAUAGUGUAACUUUUUCUAUUAUCUGCAUAACUCUACUUCCUCAAGUUUCUAAUUUACAUCGUAGGCCAUUAUUGUCCAAAAUCAUAUUUGUUUUGUGGGUUUCUGGAUUUGACAUUAUUUAAAAAUGCAGCUACGGCUGUUUCAAAAUAUUAAUCCCUGUCAGAUAGCUACCUUUAGAUUUAUUUACUAAUGUUAAAAAAUCCAGGGUUUUACUGUAUCGUAUUUGAGAAAAGUUUUAUUGAUUGUGCAAGGGAGUGAAGAUGUGAAGGAGGCCAAGUAAUUUGGAUACACAACAUGAUGAACUGCUUUCAUUUUUUUGUAAAUAUUUAUAUUCUGUCUGAAAAGAGUGACUAUCCUUUUCCCCCAACCAUAUUCUUCACAAUCUCUGAAAAAGUAAAUGAAUUUGUAUCGAAUUACCUUGAAGGUUGGCCUAGUGGGCAUUUUAAAUGCUGAAGAAUAGAUACUAUGGUUUGAGAGAUUGGUUGAUUUUUUUUUCUAUGUAGAUGCAUAUAACUGUACAGCCAUAAUCUAAUGGUCUUUCAGUUUUUAUGCAGGAAUCUUGUAUGAUAGACAAAGCUUUAGAUUCUGAGACGAUACAGAAUGACAUAAAGGUACAAGACACAGAAGUAACGGGUAGCCUUGGCUCUUGCCAGUAUUGCGUGAAAUUGUAAUCCAAGUCAUCAGCUUCUUGUAGCUGUGUUUAUGUGCUGAUCUAUGCAUUUGUCUUUUGUGAGUUUCUUUUCUUAAUGUUAACUGAACUAGUCAUGUAUUUGUGGAAAUGCUAUACAUAUCCCUUCAUUUAUAUAUUUGUGUGACUGUGGAUUUGCAAAGGCUAGUCUGUAGUAAUGUUCACACAGGUUUAUGACUGAUCACUCACAUCAGUUGCACUUUCUGAAAUUUUGAAAACCAUUCCUAGUGCAUUAUAAAUACAGAAUUUAACUAUGCAUUCAGACUUUGUAAGUUCCCUUGGUAAACAGAAGUGUGUGAUUUUAUUACAGGGUUUAAUUUAAAAUUUCCUAGAACUGAUUUGCUUGUGAUUUUUUAAAAAAAAAUAAAGAGCCACAAAUCCUUAUUGGAUAUGUAUUCUCUUGCCAAUUGUAUUGAUUAACUCUUCUGACUGAAUAAUGCAAUUUGUUUAAAAGCAUUGUCAGGCCUAUUAUUGAUUAUUUGCUAUCAACUUAAUUUUUUUCAGAAUUGUUUUUGACAUGUUGAGCAAAACGUUAAUCAACAUAUGCUAAACUAAGAUCAUUGCGAUGUGUAUGAUACUGGCAACUUACCAAAAUUAAAACCAAAUACUUGUUGGGAAAUGCUAUUUUAGAAUUUUGUACAUUUCCUUUGUGUUCAUACUAAAGGCCAUAAUUUAGACAAUAGACAAUAGGUGACAACAGACAAUUUAAGAAUGUAAUUAUGUACAGUUUCAACAUAGAAUAUACAUUUUCCCCAAAUAUUUAGUGCCAUGAAACAUUGUUUAGUUUGCUCUUUCUAAAUGAGGAUCUCAUCAUUUAAACCACUGGGAUUUAGAAGAUCUUGCUGUUUUUUUUUGUUGAGUUUGAAGUGCUGGCCAAAGAUUGUGCUUUCCAUUUUCAUGUUGGGAAGUCAGUUCAUUUAUUUUGUUUGCAAGUGUAACAGGUGCUGUAAAGAAUAUAGCAAUACUUCACGAUGAAGAUGAUGCUUUUUCUCACUAGUCUAAAUGAUUAGUUUCCUAAUAUGAAUUCCAUUUACUUGAAAGCUGAACAUGGCUUAAGAAUAUCAAAGUGCAUACAAUUAAGGCAUUUAAAAUUAUGCAGUCUUCCUUAUUGGCUGAGGAUAGACAAUUGUACUGCAAAUAUUUUGAGGUUCCUAAUAUUUAUUUUUAACCAAAGUCUGUAGUCUGAAUUAAAAUUACUCAUUGAAAGAAAAAGAGAUUAAUUGACAUUCCAACUAUUGCAAUUGUAACUGAAAUCUGAAAAGUUGAUGUAUUAACAGAAGAGGGAGUUUGUACAAUGUGAAAAAUUGUAAACAACAUGGUAUUGGUAAUCAAUACAGAUAUGCUGAUUAAAAUGUUUUGGUAAACACCAGCAAUACUGUUCUGAAGAAAUGGUUCUACUGCUCUUCUGUAUUGUUUCAGAGUUAGCAGAACUGCCGGUACAAAAAAUGGGCUAAUUAGUGACAAUCAAGACAGCGUUUAGUUUUGAAGGUAUUCAAGGGGAAAAUUCUAAUGUUGCAUUUGGUUUUAAUAUUUGUAUAUAAACAUUGAAGGUUUUUGUUCAGCAUUAUUUUGUACUUGUGUUGUAUCUUGAUAUGUGGUGUGCACCAUUCCAGAAAUAAAAGGUCUGGAAGUCUCAUCUUUAUUUUAAUCAAGUGUAACUUCAAAGUUACUAAUGAGGAAUACAGUUAAUGUUUAAAACUUAGCCAACGGAAUAUGAUGUAAUGUACUAAAUUACAUUUAAGAAACCCAAGCAAAAUUUAUGGCACACAAACAACGUGAGACAUAGAUCAUCACACCAGUCCGAUUUGUUGUUGAUGUUGAUCUAAAGUAUAGUAGAAAAAUCUGCUUGAUCAUCAGAGAAUAUGGACUACAGGUACUUCUGCUAUAAAACAUUUUGUUUAGUGCAAAAUUUGCUGUAAUGAGAUUGAUGAAUAGUGGACGCUGUUUGGAUAACGUGAACUUUCUGCUGUUCAGAUAUACUAUUUCCCUAUAACGUGAUUUUCUAUAGCGUGAGGUAACACAAGGGCGUGACUGUUGUGUUAUAGGAGAAAUACCUGCAUUAAGUAUUGCAGUUCAUGGCUGCUCAAAGAUCGAGAGCUCCAAUGAAAUUCUGAGUGGUAUUUCACAAUCUUUUGGUAACCAUGGUCUCAUCACCUUUGCAACCAGGACCAUAUUUCCUAAUAUAUUUGAA